AUGGACGUCAGUAAGACGUCUACUUCUGAGCCUGUUGAAAAGCAUUAUGCUGAAAUAGCACGAAAAACAGCAGCAGCAAUUCGUGCCGAAGGGACACCACCGAUUGUUAAUAAUGGAUUAUCUAUUCCACAAUCCCUUCCGGAAUUACCACGCUAUCAACCACCACGCCCUAGAUCACCACCACAGGAGAGAGAAAGAAUGAUGUGUCGUAUGUUUUUUCCAACAUCAGGUCAUAUGGGAUUUGAUACCGUUAAAUUAUCCGAUGAACUUCCUCCGAUUGAAACAGUUCGCGAAAUGAUUCUUUAUGAAACACGUCUUCGAUUGUCGGAUUCAAUUCAAAAACUCAUGGAUGAAUAUCACACUGACGAGGCAGCUGUUACUUAUGUACAUGAUCUUGUACAACAACAUGUAGUCAAACAUUUCGGAUGUCAAGAUGUCAAUGCAUUACGUACUGCUCUAUAUCGUUUUCCAGACGAUCCUAUCAUUCAAGCAGCUUUUUAUGUUAAAUACAACAAAAUUUCACAAGGUGUAGUUCAACAAAAUGAAUGCGCUCGAGAUGUCAACUUGUAUAAUACAGAUGGGCAACCAACGACACUCUUCUCGCAAAUUUCAGCUGGCCAACCAUUAAUAAUAUUGGCCGGCUCAACUACCUGA